AUGAUCUCAGACAGUGAUCUUUACAGGCUUGCCAUAUUUCUGGGAUCAGCUGCCAUGCUUCUGAUAAUUCUAUAUCAUUUCUUGGAGGUGAACGCAGAGAAAGAAUCAAUGCAGAAAGAAAAGCCAACCUUAACUUCGAAAAACCUUGAUGAAACUGUGACAAAGAAGCCACAAAAUAAAGUCAAUGGGAAUAUUAAAGCUUAA